AUGAGUGAAAUUGAGGUGAUUGACGAUUAUAAUUGUGCUCAUGGUAAACCUCGGGUUUUAGUUCGUGAUUCUGGAAUUUUGAAAAGAUGGACCAAAAAUGCAAAACAAGGGGUGGAACUUGGUAUGACUUGUACCUUGUUGUUAGACAGUAGUGGAAAUUCAUCUAGGACAUUGCGCCUCAACAAGUUAAUGUGGAAGGCGUUUAGUGUUAUGAAUCUUAGUGCAGAUGACGAUACAACGGUUGAGAUUGUAGAAAAUAACAUGGAUAACAUUGUACAUCAAUUUGUACCACUGUUUGACAUGCAUAUUGCCAAUGGACGUACGGAUAUGUCUCAUUUCAACUCAGUAGCUACAAAUGUGCCUUGUCCGAAUAUGCCUUUUACCAGCUUAUUACAACCCAAUAUUGUAAUGUCGGAAAUGAAUCAGAGUUCCUCCAAAAGCACUUUUUACAAGGGCAUGAAUGAGUGA